UGUACUUCUCGCAGCCCGACCACGAGGGGCACGCCUCGGGGCCCGACUCGGAGAAGACCAACGAACAGCUGUUGCACGCGGAGGAACAGAUGGUUCAGCUGGUGCAAGGGCUGUCCGAAAGACAGCUGCUCCACUGCGUCAACAUGAUCGUACUGUCAGACCACGGGAUGGCAGCGGCAGGGAAGGACCGGGUCAUUGACCUGCAGGAGUACGUUCCCGAGCUGGAAGACGUGGCGCUCGCCUACUUCGGCGCCGUCGGCAUGUUCAGCCUGAAGGAUGACAAUGAUGACAUGAGACACGAGAUCAUGAGCAACUUGUCUUGCAAGAGGCCGGACAUGCGCGUGUAUAGUCCGGCCGACCUGCCCAAGAGGUUCCAUUUCAGUAACAACCGCAGGAUCUCAGACGUCAUCGUAAACCUCGACGCCGGAAAAACCGUUACGACCAACAGCUCUUCGUUCCUCGGAGGCCACCACGGCUAUGAUUAUUACUUCAAGGAAAUGAGGGCGCUUUUCGUGGCUUACGGCCCGGAUUUGCAACAGGGUCUGGAGAUCGAGCCCUUCCAGAACAUUGAGCUCUACAACCUCAUGUGUCAGCUGACGGGCGUGGAGCCUGCAGAAAAUAACGGCACAUUUGGCGCCCUCAACCACGCCCUUGCCCAGCCGCCGCCCACGCAACAACUGCAACAGGAGGUUAAGCCCCCGAGCCUGUCCCUUCCCGCGGGUGACGUCAGCGACCGCCUCGUUGCGUCCCGGUGCGAGGGUGACUCUGCCGCCGCGCAGAAAUGGCUUUCAUCACUCAAUCUGACACAGACGCAGGAGCUGGAGUUGGAGGAAUACCACCUUCCGUGGGGCGUCCCUCACACCGGCAACUUGCCCCUGUCACUCAAGCUCUUGCUCCAUCACGACCACGUCACAGGAUACUCCGAGAAGCUGAGGAUGCCCCUGUGGACCAGCUUCACUGUGAAGGAAGGAUUCCCGGGAACAAGUGGCGCUUCUUGGACCGCCGACGUCCGCCUCGCCUCGACGGCUGCGCCAUCUUGCCCUGAACUCCGGGAAUUCGCUGGCCAGGGCUUCGCCGCGGAACCCCUCUUCCCUCCCGCCUUCUCCAGAAAUACCAGCCUUCCAGAGGUGCCUUUCCUCACGAGCAAUGCCCUCGCCAUGAGUCCAUCCUUGGCAAAAAGGUGGAAGGGCUUACUGGAGGAGCUGGUUCCUGCCUGGGUCUCUGCACAUGGCACUCUCAAUGUCGUUCUUGGACCUAUCUUUGAUAACGACACAGACUCUCUGCUUGAUGACAUCUCUAGGCUUAGAUCACCUGAUAUCCCAUCAGAUCUGUUUGCCAUCGUGACUCGUUGCAAGAAACACGUGAAAUCCCUUAACCUGUGUCUGCCUGAUCAGCUGGAUUCUCUCAGCUUUAUAUUUUCACAGUCUCAGUCAGUCAGUAAUUGCCUGACUACUGAGAGGUAUACCUUGGAGUUUAGUGGUCGUGUGAAGGACGUGGAGAUGGCGACUGGGCUUGUGUUCUUCCCUUCCUUGACCUUCAGAGAUCGCCUCAGAGUGCUUCUGCGGACCAAUUCUGUUCUCUGGUCAACAGUUUAGUUGGAAAGACUCAUAAAUUGAUCUGCUUAGUUUUUACAUAUAUACAUAAAUAUACAUACAUAUAUAUAGAUACAUAUAAAUGUUGAUAAAUAUACCUAUAUAUAAAUAUAAA